AUGAAAAUUCGUGUAGAAAAUUGCAGUUAAGAAUCUAUUAUAAUGGAGUAAAUAAUAAAAGUUAAAAAAAUAAUGAAUGAUGAAGAUAAAUCAUUCAUAAUUAAUUCUUUAGGAAAUCACUUUGUAUUUUCUUAAAUUUCUGAUUAAUAUAAAUUAGAAAUAAUUUAAAAAAUGAUUUAUUGUGAAAAUUCAGCUGAUUAUAUUUUUAAAUAGGGAGAUCCUGCAACUUAUUAUUUUAUAAUAUAAAAAGGAGAAUGUUAAAUAGAAAUUAAUGGAGUUUUUAAAAAAAAGCUAGUCCCAGGAUCAGCCUUUGGAGAAUUGGCUCUUCUUUAUGGGGCAAAUAGAUCCGCUUCAGUUAAAGUUAUUGGUGUUUGCGGAUUUUGGGCUAUUGAUAGGUUUACUUUUAGAAAAGCUGUGGAGUAGAUAACUUUAUAGGAAUAUGAAGAAAAUAAACUUUUUAUUUAAAAAGUUAAAUUUUUUGAAUAAAUGACUAGUUAUUAAAAAGAUAUUAUUACUAAUGUAUUAAUUACUUAAGUUUAUAAAAAAGGGGAGAAUAUUGUAAAUGAAGGUGAUAUGGCAUCUUCAUAUCAUAUAAUAAAGAAAGGAUUAGUGGGUAUUUAUAAAGGAAAUGUUGAAUUAAGAAAAAUGAAAAUAGGAGAUUCGUUUGGAGAAUAGGCUCUUUAUUAAAACUCGAAAAGAGGUGCUACAGUAACUGCUUUGGAAGAUGAUGUUAAAUGUAUUGCUUUAGGAAGGGACAUUAUAUAGAAAGUAUUAGGAUAUAACAUUAAGGUUGCUAUGUAUAAUAAUGUUAUUCGAUGGGCAUUUUAAAAAAAUGCUGUUUUAUAGAAAUUAACUUAGGUAUAAAUUGAAAAAGUAAUAAAUAAUACUCAAUAAGCUAAUUAUAAUAAAGGAGAUAUCCUAUUUAAAGAAGGAAAUCCAUGUACUUUUUUAAUUUUUGUUUUAGAAGGAAUUCUUGUAGAUAAUUAAGAAAAAUGUAUAGUUGAAAAAGGUUAGAUUUUCGGAGAAAAAUUUCUUCUGGACAAUAAUACAUAAAAAAAUAUGGAAAAAAAUAUAUAUAUAGGUGAUGAAAAUACUUUAUUAGGAACUAUUGAUUUUGAUAUUUUCUAUUAAUAAAUUGGAGGUAAUUCUUUAGAGAAUGUAUUAAUGAAAAAUAUGAAUUCUCAUGAAAUUAAAUAUAUGAAAAUAUAUAAUAGUUCAGAACAUAAAUCUUAUCAAUCUUAUACUUAUAUCAAAUUAGAAGAUAUGAUUUAUAUUAAAAAAUUAGGAUUUGGGUAAUUUGGAAAAGUCUAUUUAGUAAAAAAUACUAUUGAUAAAAAUCAUUAUGCCCUAAAGGUUAUUUCUAAAUAACUGGUGGUCGAAUAAAGUCUAGAAAAUCAUGUUAUUUAGGAAAAAAAAGUAUUACAAGCUUGUUAGUUCCCUUUUAUUGUUAAAUUUAUUAAAAGCUUUAAAGAUAAAAUAAAUAUUUAUUUUCUUCUUGAAUACAUUAAAGGACUUGAAUUAUUUUAUGCUAUAAGAGAUAUAGGUUUAUUAUCAAUAUAUGAUUCUUAAUUUUAUACAGCAUCGCUUAUUUUAUGUGUAGAAUAUUUACAUAAAAAUUAAAUUAUAUAUAGAGACAUAAAACCUGAAAACGUAGUAGUUGAUAAAAAAGGAUAUUUGAAAUUAAUAGAUAUGGGUACAGCUAAAUUUUUGACAGGAUUAAACGGAAAAACAUUUACUAUAAUAGGGACUCCACAUUAUAUGGCUCCUGAAAUUCUUAUAGGGACAGGAUAUACUUAUAGCGUAGAUUUAUGGUCUAUAGGAGUUUGCUUAUAUGAAUUUUUGUGUGGAGAUGUUCCCUUUGCGGAAGAUAUUGAAGACCCAUAUGAAGUUUAUGAGGAAAUUAUUCACUCAGAAAUAGUAUUUCCUUAAUUUUUGAAAGAUAGAUAUACUAAAAACAUAAUAAAAUAAUUAUUGAAUAAAUAAGCAUAAUUAAGAUUAGGAGCAUCUUAUGCAUAAUUAAAGGCAAAUCCUUGGUUUAGUCAUUUUGAUUGGGAUAAACUUAUGGAAAAAAAUUUAAUGUUCCAUACAUUCCUCCUAAAGAAUAAAUUAUUUAGGAUUUAGAUAUAAUAAAAGCUGAAAUGUAAGGAAAAAAAAUAGUCAAUGAGAUAAAUAUUCGAAAGUUUCAAAUUGGGAGACUUAUUUUUGAAAAAAAAAAUUAAUUUAUGA